GCAGGUCGGAUAAGGGAGCCGUGUGGAAGGGACCGAAUGGUGAAGCCAGCUGACUGGAGGUAACUGAGAGGUAUGGAGGAGAUGGCUGCAGGGGAGAAACACAGAGAAGGUCAGCAACAGACAAGGACAGGUAAGUACAAGGAAUUUUAGAGCGCUUGUAUUGCGUGUCACCAGGACGGCUGAAGCAACAAUCAAGCGAAGAUGAUGAGUGGAUCCAGGGUUCAAAUAGUGGGCUUGAUUGUAGAUGGCUGGCGGGUGUGCACGGCGGGAGAGGUGAUGGUGGAAUGACGAGCAGGUGUGUAUAGUCAGCUGGCAAUAGCAGGCAGGAGGAGGGGAAAACACAGAAGACAGAGAGAGGCAGGGCGAACAGAAAAAACUGACAGUGGAAAUGAAAUAGAACUAGGAAACUAGAAAACAAAACAAAAACCCACAGCCAGCCGACCCCAACCAUCACUCUGUCUUUAUUCAGACUCCAAGUGCUGCUGUCCAGACUGGGAGGAUUCAAAUAAUGGAAAUCAAAAUGUCCAAUAAGACGAACACUCACCUUGAGGUAGAGUUGAACGGCCGGAUGCAGACGGUUUAUGUGACAACUCGUCUUCUGGCGAACGUGUUUGGGAUCAAAGUGGACGAUGAUAUAGAAAGGAGACUCCACUCUCAAAUGCCGCUCACAGCAGAAGCAACAUUACAAGGAAAUACAAUUAUAUACAUUAGGGUUAUCCCUAACCUGGAGACAAGUGAAUGUGCGAGUACGUCAGGAUCAGUAGCCGAGAAACAAAAACCUGACACUGAUCAACAGAAGAGCAGCCAACCUGACAAGCCCGAUGGUCUGACAGUUUACUCCAUUAAAGAAGUCAAGUCAUUUCCUGACCAGACAUACGUGGGUGUCAAAGGAACAGUUACAAAGAUUAAUCAUGUCCAAAAGAUUCAGCUGAAGUCCACCAAGAAGAUAAAGAGGCAACAAUUCCAACUUAAAGACGAGACUGAUUCCAUCGAGAUCUUUAUGUUGGGGUUCUCCACCGAGCUAUGCAAAGGAUUAUCAGUCGGAGAUGUCGUUAUGGUUACCAACAUGAAGACCAAUAAGUACUAUGAAACCAUAUCACUGAAGUCUACUGUAUACACCAUAAUUGAAAAGAUGUUGAAGCUUUUAGAGGCAAAGUGGGAAACAGCCCUGAGCUCCAUCCUGGAGGAGCUGACUGAGGAAGAAUUCAGGAAGAUGUUGUUUAAUUUGGUCAAAAUCCCUCAAGGAGUGAAGACUGGAAAGGCCAGAGAAUAUAUCCCUGAUUUAAUCGUCCAGCACUACGGGACAGAAGGGUCCAUCUCUGUAAUAGAUGAAAUAAUGAAGAAGAUACCAAGGAAUGACGCUAAAGUCCAGAAGCUGCUGCACCCCUUUGUGGAGGAACUAAAGAAACGCCUGGAAGAAAAAGUUUACUCCAUUAAAGAAGUCAAGUCAUUUCCUGACCAGACAGAUGUGGGUGUCAAAGGAAAAGUUACAAAGAUUAAUCAUGUCGAAAAGAUUCAGCUGAAGUCCACCAAGAAGAUAAAGAGGCAACAAUUCCAACUCAAAGACGAGACUGAUCCUAUCGAGAUCUUCAUGUUGGGUGACUCCACCGAGCUAUGCAAAGGGUUAUCAGUCGGAGAUGUCGUUAUGGUUACCAACAUUAAGACCAGUCAUUACACUCGACCCAUAUCGCUGAAGUCAACUGUAUACACCAGAAUUGAAAAGAUGGGUCCUGUUGGGGCUGUAAAGACCAAAAAGAAGACAAGAUCAAGAUCCGUCCCUAAAGCCAGCCAAAACCUCCUGGAUGGACGCCUUGAAUGGAUGACGAGCAAAUGUGCGAGUACGUCAGGAUCAGGGACCAGGAAGCCAAAACCUGCAGCUGGGUUUUCUGGAGAGUUGAUGCCUGAACCUUUUGCCAGUGCUGUCGACUGCAUUGGGUGGACUGAACUUCAACCUGUAGUCAACACAGUGGAUGAGGUUCAAACAUAUAGCUUCCAGUGUGACGCAGGUCACUUUGAAUGCAGCGUGUCUGCCCUGCGCUGGGUUUGUGAAGAAAAGCUCAGCUUCAGAUACCAGUUCUGCUCAUGGGAGGAACACAGGGUGAGGCUUUCAGCCACAACAUACAUGCCAGCAGGACCCCUACUGAACAUCACAGUCACAGCUGGCAAGAUGGAGGAGGUGCAUCUGCCACACUGGAUCUGUGUAGAUCACAACUCCAAAAUGUCAGACAAUUUUGCAGUUCUACAUAUUGAUACCUGUGGAGAUGUGUGGAGGAAAGUGUCUGAAGUGACACGGUGCCACGUCAAGUUACUCCAGCCAACGUUCUCACCAAUAAGUGUUGUGAUCCGGAGGAUAUUUGGCUUCCCAGUGAAAGUGUUCUAUAACGUGUUGAUAUACAUGAAGAAACACCAAGCUGCCCUUACACUGCAUGUUUACCUGGUGCCACCUGAUGAAUUCCUGAAACAGGAAGUGGAAAAAAUGGAAAACUCUUGUGGAUCAGUGAGAAUCAUAAAACCAGGCCCAGACAGGCCCAUGCAACUUGGAGAUCAUUACUCGCUGACAACAGACAAGAUGGAUGCAAAGAUUCAACCCAGCAUACGAGAGCUCAGAGAUGAUAGUACCAAUUUAUUUGAAGUGUUUAUCAGAAAUGCAGACAGUGACGUCCCCCUCAGGCUUGAAAGUGAGCAAACCACCAUCUGGACCUGUACCAUUUAUAAAGAAAACUACCUGAGCACUAAUCCUACACCAGGUCCAAGUGGGGCAAUUCAACAGAGAAAUGUCCCAGCAGAUGACAGCGUCCCAACAGAGGACAGGGACCCAUCAGAGGACAGCGUCCCAGCAGAGAAAAAGCUGUUCUCAGUUCGGACAGAGUUUAUAGGAAGAGUGUCUGAUGAUGUUCUGAACCAACUUCUGGAUAAACUCCUUGAGCAUCGUAUUAUAAAUGAUGGUGAGAUGCAGUCCAUCAGAACAACGGCCAGAGCAGACAAAGCACGAGAAGUGAUCGACACGGUGCGAAGAAAGGGAACUGAACCCAGCUCUCUUCUGAUCGCUGUUCUCCGUGAGUUGGAUCUGUGCCUUUCGAAAGUGCUGAAAUUAAGCUGAAGGUUCAAAGUUAUUUAUUAGUCAUGUGCACAUCAACAAUUCUUCCACGAGCAAAUGCAUUUGGUGAGACAGCGGCGAGGAAAGACUUCCUUUUAACAGGCAGAACCUCAGACAGAACCUGGCUCUUGGUGGGCGGCCAUCUGCUUCAUGCAGGUAAAGUAUCAGCAGUGCACUGACACACCAAGGAGAAAGGAGGUUGUCAACCUUCAGUCCAAAGUAGGCGACCGGGAGCGUCUGUUGCCCUAGUUUUUGCGGUGUGUCUCGCACCAGCGCUACACGUCGGCCCUUGUCUGCCUUUUUCAGUGUAGAAGCUGUCGGUUAGAGGAAUCCAUCUGAUUUGUUGUUCACCUUAACCCUUGUGUUGACUUCGAGUCACUUUGGCCCGUUUUAAAUUUUUGUUUUAUAUCAGAAAAUAUGGAUGUUAGAAAUAAGCGCUGAAAAUGUA